AUGACGGGUAUCAGUGCAGAUGUGCAGUCUAAAGUGGACACGUUACAAGAAUUAUUCCCAGAUUGGAGCGCUUCCGAUCUUAUUGAAUUGGUUCAAGAAUAUAAGGAUUUAGAGACAGUUAUUGAUAAGAUUACCUCGGGUGUAGCUACGAGGUGGGAUGAAGUGAAGAGACCGAGUCGUAAAGAAAGAAAGGAACAUGCUGCUCAGUUGCAAAAGAGUCAACAAGCUCAAUUGUUAAGUCACGUCUAUGAAGAACCAGAUACAUCAAAUAUAAAUAAUAAUAAUGCUAUAAAUACAAAGAGCAGGCAACGCAAUAGUAGUAGUUAUCAAACUUCCAGCAAUACCAAAACUAAGAAAACUCCAAGAACAAGUAAUAGUAAUAGUAAUACUUCUUCAAAUAUACAUACAAAAUCUGUCUCUCACAAUGCAUCAUGGGCUACUGUUAUCACUACGGAUAAGAAGAAAGCUAAUGAUGGUGAAACUGAAAUUGAAGCUGAAGUGGAAAGUGAAAUUGAACAACAAGCUACUACUACUACUACACCAGCAGCUCCAAUAAGUACUGCUACAAUUGCUUCCUCUGGGAAGAAGAUGAGUUGGGCAUCUGUAGCUACUCCAAAACAAAAAGCUGAACCAAAGAAAUCUCCUUUAGAGAAUGUUGACACCUUGAAGAACGAAAUUGAUAAUAUUACAUCUGAAGAAGAAGAAGAAGCAGAAGAAGAGAAAGAAAACACCUCCGAGGAAGUUGCAGAAGCAGAAGAAGAAGAAAGCUCCUCCUCUGAAGAAGUUGAAGAAGCAGAAGAAGAAGCUACCUCUGAGGAAGAAAAAGUUUCUGAGAAGACUCCUGCUGCUGUGAAGUCUUCUUCUCCACAUCAACAUCAACAUCAACAAAAGAAGAAGAAGGAAAAGGCCCCUGUUUCUGCACCUGCAGUCACUACUGCUACAACUAAUGCAGCAACCGCUCAAACUACAUCUGUCUCGGAAUCUAAUCCUUCUGAAACUUCAGCUACUCCAAUCAAUGGUGGUGCCCAGGGCCAAGAUCCAUAUGCUCAAUAUGGUACUGCUCAACAACAGCAACAAGCUGCUGCUAUGGCUCAACAAUAUUAUAUGUACCAAAAUCAAUUCCCAGGUUUCUCUUAUCCAGGUAUGUAUGAUAAUCAAUACGGUUAUGCUCAACAACAAUACGCUCAAUAUCAACAGUACCCUCAAUACGCUCAAGGUCAAGUUGGUGGAGCUAAUGUUAAUGCUGCUUACGGUAACGUGAACGCUCAGCAACCCCAACCUCAACUUCAACAAACAGGAUACGAACAAUAUGGUUCUGCUGGUCAAAAUAACACCGAAGCUGCUCAAGGUGAUAUUUCCCAACCGCAACAACCGCAACAACCUCAACAACCACAGCAACAGCAACAAGCUUACGGCCAACAAGCUUACAUGCCAUACUAUGGUAAUUACGGUUACCAACAAUCCUUCCCUCAUGGUCAACAACAACAAUACGGUGCUAACAAUGGAUAUGGUCAACAACAACAACCUCAAAAGCAUGAAGAUGCUUCUCAACAAAGAGAUUCUACUUCUAGUCAACAGAGUGAAGAUGUUGCUGAAUUACAAAACCAAGAAGGUAACGCUCAAGCUAACUUGACUCAGCAACAACAAUUGCAGUACCAACAGUAUUACCAAUUGCAACAGCAACAAUUGCAACAACAGCAACAGCAACAGCAACAGCAACAGCAACAAUCUAAGCAGGAUGGUUACGGCCAACAAGAUGGCGCUGCUUAUGGUUACUCCAAUUACGAUUAUCAACAAGCUUCAUCCAGAGGCUAUUACUAA